GCGGCCGAGCCGUCAGUCCCGCCCUCGGUUCUUUCGCGUGUUCGGUUAGUCUCCGUUCGUCGUUCGAACGGUGAGGUGUGUAUAGCGCUUUUGCGCACCGGUUACUGUGGCGUACUGCGAGGUGAUCAUGGACGCGCCCGGCGGAGCGCGGGAGUCCCGCUUCGGGCCGUCUUACAUGGGGUUGUUGGGGGAGAUGCCGGACAUGUACAGCGCGGGCAGGCCUCCGAGCGCGCUCGGCGGUGCUGGCCCCUUGCGGCCCGGCAUGCAACCUUGCCCGAUGCCCAGGGCUGGAGUCAAACGUCCAUCGGACCAGUGCUACGAUGAUAGACCAUCACAAAGCGUUCCCCUCGACCACUGCCCAAUGCCGGACAUAGCUGAUGAUGGUUAUGCCUCCCUGCAACCCAAGAAGUCACCCCCUUCUAAUGGCAAAAAGACUAAAGGUCGCGUCAAGAUCAAAAUGGAGUAUAUAGAUAAUAAACUGCGACGGUACACAACUUUCUCCAAGCGGAAGACUGGGAUUAUGAAGAAGGCAUACGAGCUAUCCACUUUGACGGGGACACAAGUGAUGUUGCUGGUCGCGUCGGAGACCGGCCACGUGUAUACGUUCGCGACGCGGAAACUUCAGCCCAUGAUCACGUCCGAUUCUGGGAAAAGGCUGAUCCAGACGUGCCUUAACUCACCAGAUCCGCCCACGACCAGCGAACAGCGCAUGGCGGCUACUGGCUUCGAGGAGACCGAGCUCACGUAUAACGUUGUAGACGAGGAUAUGAAGGACGAGCCGACAUCUUCAGGCGACAGCGGAGACGAGAGCGGAAGCGAACCCGAAUCUCCGAGUGAAAAAUUAAUUCAACACGUCAGAAACGACUGGACCAACAAUGAACAUCACGACAAGGAUUCGAAAAGGGACUCACAUGCGGAACCAUUAGCAUCGACCUCAACAAGCCAAGAACCAGACAGCAGCAAAUCUAGCCAAAUACCUAUGCCGAAACUACUGCCGAAACUAGAUCUGCCGGGGGGAGCGAUGCUCUACCACUCCGGAGUUCUAGCUGGGCUGGACGGACUGGGCAAUAAUCUUGGAUUAGGGAAUCUGGCUAUGACCUAUCCGCAUAGUUUCAUAUUAGGAUUGGCUAAUCAAGGACAGGAAGGAGCGGCAACGUCAUCGACCCAACCACAAUUCAUCACCAUACCGCUCUCAAUGGCCAUGGCAGCUGCAGCCCAAGGAUCCGCUUCUAAUGGUUGUCCGGUCAGCGCCUCCAGUGACGACAGCAGUGAACUCCAGGAUUUGAGCACCGGGAGGAAGUGACAGUUGAAGAAUAACUGAGAAGAAAAAAACCUGUUUUACGAAUAUAUUUUUUUUGUUGCAAUAAUUUGAUGUACCAAAAACGUUUGGGUUUUUUAACUGUUUCGAAUCAUUAUUUUUUUUUAAUAAAUAAUAGUUAAUUUAGUUUCAUUUCAUUUAUUUAGGAGGUGGUUAUAUUGUAAGCGUUUAUUGACUACGAAUUUAUUUAAACAAAACUGAAAAGCGUGAAUCGUUUAAGUAUUAAUUUAUUGAAUCAAAUGAUGUUUAUGAAAAAUAAAUAAAUAUCUUGUUUUAUCGCUCACUAACUCUUUUUUUCUCGGUAAUGCUAGUAAAAAAGAACCAAAAAAAAUCGAUGAGUGUUAAGUUAAUCUUGUUUAUGAUUUACAUAAUCUAUUGCUUGUAUGAAGAUUAAUACUUUUUUUUUUCAAAAUUAAUCAGUUUUGUUGCCAAUUGUACAAUACUUGCCAAUUA